AUGCCGCAUCUGGGACAGAAAGUGCUCCGUAAGUUAGGGUUAGGCUCACGCGACGCGGUGCAACUCCCGGGCCAAGCGGUGGUGAAUGAAGACGAACGUCCGUUGUCUUCACCACCAAAUCAUGGCACAUAUCCACGACUGGCAAGACUUUCUGAUGGUUCGAUCUUGUCGUCCUUUACUCGGUUCCCAGACCAUCAGCGUGCACUCUGCAUCGCAAGAAGUACUGAUGAGGGCCGCACAUUCGAGAAUUUCGCCGAGGUGACGCGGGCUGCAGGGGAUGUGGACAACAUGUUCCUGCUAGAGGUUGUUCCAGGGGUGGUACUCGCGGCCUUUCGCAAUCAUGACCUGGGCCCCAACGGUCCCACGCACUUUCGCAUUACCGUUUGCCGGUCCAUGGAUGGAGGUCGCACCUGGAGGUUUGCGGCCCAGGCGGCCGAGAAGGGGGCCCCGCUUGGGGUUUGGGAGCCAUUCAUGCGACUCGGAUACCAAGGCGAGGUGCAGCUCACCUACUCACAAGAGUUUGCGCCCAACAAUCAAUGUACCAUGUUGGUUGUAUCGCGCGAUCACGGAAGCUCCUGGAGCCCACCGGUGUUGCUCGCGGGCGCCCACGAUCCAUUGCGAGAUGGUAUGAAUGGGAUUUCACCGAGUAUUGACAACGGCCGGGAGGUGCUUAUAAUGGUGUUCGAGACGACGCGGUAUGGGACAUUCAAUUUAGAGGCACUCUUGUCCUACGACGACGGGGCGACCUGGCACCAUCGGCAGGAGGUCUACCGUCCGCCGCAGGGGCGCAAUGCUGGAGCCCCUCAGAUUGCCUCCUUUGCUGAUGGUUCCAUGGCCGUGGUAUUCAUGACAGACGAGGAUGCUUCCCAAGUGAAAUGGACUCAGAAUGCUGCCAUCAAGGCCGUGUUCGCUGGGCCACCUCACAAUGGACGGAUCCAGUGGAGCCGGCCCUCGUUGGUCUCGCCUGCAUCCAGUUUUUGGCCUGGAGUGAUGGCCAUCAAUUCCUACACGGUGUUGGCCACCUACGACCGAGGUGGGCCCUUAGCCAAGAGUGUCACCUGGCAAUCCCAGUAA